CUUUUGAUUUGUACACGGUCCAAUAGAUUACAGCCUUUCUCUUUCGGCCAGGGAGGAUGCCUAGAAUGGAGGGAGGGAGCUACUGGUCCUUCCCCCUCUGCUUGUGAGUAUAAGACUGCAGCCCCAAGGCCUUACUGCCUCCACGCCUGGACAGACAGACAAGAUGCACUCCUCUGAGCCCUCACUACACUGGUCGUCUGCCAGAGGAUGCACACUGAAGGUGCUAUGUUGGCGGAGCGUUGGUGUGCUGUACUCCAUCUUGUGCCUUGCAGCUCUACCAGACCAUGCAGAGUCAAGAGCACGCUGUGGAUCUGAACUUGUUGCCCACCUAGAGUUUGUGUGCGGAGACCGUGGAUUUUACAGAGCACCGACCGGACUUCGGUCCACCCGAGGGAAUGGUCCUCGCCUCAGAGGGAAUGGGACUCGGAUGAGAGGGAAGGGAAUUGUGGAGCAGUGUUGCUUAAAGGCCUGCGACCUGCAGCAUUUGGAGAGCUACUGCGCAAAGCCAAAGCGGAGCCGACGACACGCUCCCCUCACGCCUCAGCAAGUUAUGGAGGAGCAAUUUCAGACUGUUUUUCGGAGGAGAAUAAUGAACCACUGGAAACUUGAGUCAAGUCAUCAUGAAAAGAGGCAGACCCACAGUGUGCAUCAUCAAAAUACUGUGCAUUAUGGAAACCGGAGACCUCAAAGGGUUAGUGCUAAGGGGAACACAGCAAAAACACCAGACAAGGAUUCCCUCAGACUCAAGAAAUCCCUUCAAAGCAGCAGCAACAACAACACGGCCAUUGUGAUCUUUGACCUUUUUUGAGUCCAGCAUUUCAAGAAACUAAGAUGAACAGUCUGAACUGGGCACAAAAUAUCUCAGAUCUUUUUAUUCUUGGCUGUGAGACUGACAAGUCAAUCCAGUACACCCAAUGCACUUUAAAACACUAGGCAGAGGAACUGAGAAAAAUGAUCUAGUUCUGCUUUGUCAUGUUAUAAAUUAAACAUUGAUAUUUUGGAUAUAUAAUAAAUUAUGCGUAAGUUGCAGGACUUGUCCUGGGAUUGUUCUGUACCCCUGAUAUUCUUUAGCAGCAUGCCAAAUAGUGUACAUUUGUUUCAAUUCUUCUUGCACUCUAACAAUAGCACAAUUAUGUGAAUGCAUUAUAAGUAAAGGGGAAGAAGUUAUAAAAAAUAAUUUACAUUCCAUAAGUAGAAGGUAUUUACAAUAAAAUUGUGGUAUCAUACCUAGAAUAAUUCAACCCAAUCGGUAAUUACAGUGUAUAUAGUUCCUUAUAAAAGAAGCAAGUAAUUCACAGGUUAUUGUAAUGACAAUUUCACCAUGUAAGCCAAAUAGCCCCAUAACAUCAAAGAUCCACCACCAUAUUUGACAGUAGGUAUAGGGUUAUUUUAUGCUCAUUGAUUCUCAUACAUGUCAAACCCACCACUGGUGUGUGUGGCCAAAUAGCUCUAUUUUCACAUCAUACAACAAAUGUAAACGCCUGGAGCAUGCUAAACGGCACUUGGAUUGGAACCAGUGCUUUGGUCAGAUGACAUGAAAAUAGUGGUGGGUUUAUCGUCGAAAUGAGAGCACAUGAGCAGAAAUUUGCCCCAUACCUACUGUCAAAUAUGUUGGUGGAUCUUUGAUGUUUUGGGGCUAUUUUGCUUGCACUGGUCCUGGGGCUCAACGGUAUCAUGAACUUUACCCAGGACAUUUUUGCCAAAAACUUGGUUGCCUCUGCCAGGAGGCUGAAACUUGGCUGCAAAUGGAUCUUCCAGCAAGACCAUGACCCCGAGCACACAUCAAAAUCCACAGAGAAAUGGUUAAUUGGCUGCAAAAUCAACAUUUUACAAUGGCCAUCUCAUUCUCUGGACUUGAAACCAGUUGAAAAUGUGUGGUUUGGAUUGAAGAGGGUAGUCUAUAAGCACAGAUGAAUAUCAAGGAUCUGGAAGGAUUCUGUAUGGAGGAAUGGUCCAAGAUCCCUCCCAAUGUGUUCUCCAAUCUCAAACAUUUUAGAUGAGGCUCAGUGUCGUUAUCCUCGCAAGGUGCGGUAUUGAAAACGGGUGUCAAUUUUUACCCCAAACUUUGAGAAAAAUAAGUAUUACUUUUUAAACAAAGUCUUUCUCUGAACAAUUGUAUUAUAAAAUUAUGUAAAUGUACAAUAUACAGUAGCUCAGUAUUUAAAUUAUUUAUUUUAUACAAUAAUUUUUGCUCAUCUUUUAAGGGUGUCAAUCAUUUCAGACCCCACUAUAUAUCAUAAAUUAAAGCACCACCAUUAUAUUUCAUAUUCAUAUGACUUAUUUUGUAUUGAUAACUUCACUUAAUACUAGUAUCACCACAAGCACUGCAAAUAGCAGCACUGGGUUCCAAUUUAAACAGCAUCAGUACACUUGAUUUGCAUUUUACCUGUAUUUUGUCUCACCAUGUCUUUCUUUGAAUAUGAAUCGUAUGUGCCUUAUGUACAGGCCCCUUCUGUGACUUGAUGACUUACUAUAAUUAUUUACUGUUGCCAUGCCUCAGGCCAGAGCUAAUGUUUAUGAAUGGAGACAAUCUUUUUUUAAACUAUUUAUUACAAUGUAUCUGCUUUAAAGCCAAAGUGUUUAUUGGAUGAAUGAAGAGAACCAUUAUGCUGCUAUGUAUUUGAAUGCUUGUUUUUUUUGUUACUUCUUUUACACCCCUUUUUCGCCCCAAUUCCGUGGUAUCCAAUUGGUAGUCAGUCUUGUCUCAUCGCUGCAACUCCCGUACGGACUCGGGAGAGGUGAAGGUCGAGAGCCGUGCGUCCUCCGAAACAACCCGUCCAAGUCCCAUUUGAGUGCUUCACGUAUACAAAAAGUGUAGAUUGCAAUUUGUUCAACGCUUCUUGUUUUGUACAUUGACUACGUUGUAAGUGUUCAUAAUAUUUGAUAUAAUACAAUGUAUGCCACCAUA